AGCCUUUUUCGGGUACGGUGGGCAGGUAACGAAUACCAAGCGAUGCCUCAGUCUGCCGUGAGUCUUUGGGAAUUACAUCCAGGACUAAACAAGCACUUCUGGAUCUGAGCGUAGCAUAAUGCGUUUACUGUCGGUACUAGCGUGUCUUCAGGCUUUCUACGUCGCUGAAAGCUCUCUUCAACCGACGCACGAGACGGAUAAAUUCCUUGGCCCAGAAAAAGCCCCUACAGAUUUUGUGAUGAGCUCUGAGACAGAUGAGCAAGACGGUACACCACUGACCACCAAGCAAAAGAACUUCCUCAGUCAUCCAAAAGUGCAGAAGAUAAUAAAUGAGAACCUCAUGCACGACCUGAAAGCCUAUGAGCAGGAUAGGGAGGAAAACCUUGAUCUCGGGCUGGACGACGAAGAAUUCAGCUCCUUCCCCAAGGAAUUCAUCCCCCCACAACUUUUGGCUCAUUUGGGAGUCGACUGGAAAGCCCUGGCUACCGCAGAGGACGACGAAGACGAUGGAGAAUUUGAGGAUAAACUUGAUUACUUAAUCAAGAGCCGGUUAGAUAAAGUCCACGUAAAGGAAUCCAACGAUAAGGCAGAUAAGACCGGACGCUCUUCAGCAUGGCAUCCAGCGGCCGCAUUCAAACAAGUUUUUGAAGAGGUUGAGAACUGGUAAAAAAAAAAUAA